CAAAAAUAUGUGGAAAUGCUCAUGGCGACAAAUAUACCUGCUUCAGAGGCUAGCAAACCCAAGUUCUAGCAUCGAGUUGACUCGUGUGAUGUGAGAGCGAGUGCAAUCGACAUCGGCUGAAUGUGAUAACGCGCUGCUUUUACAUGAAUUAGAACUUUUAAAUAUACUUUUUGAGUGUAUAUUGUGUUGGAAAGAAUCGAAUAGUGAUUGUAAGGUACAUGUCCUAUGAUGAACGACUAGUGGAGUAUUUAUCUGUAAACUGUAGACUUCAAAGCCUGAUAUUUCUUUGAUGACACUAUGGCCGCUAAAACAUAACCAGGGGAAGUAGUCACCCGCCUUAACCUCAUUUAUCUCUCAAUAAACAAUCUGGGAUUUUUUGUUCUUAAAGCCACCAAAAACUCUCAUAAAAGUGUUAAAGUGAUCAGUGUAGGAUCAACGGUAUUUCUAUGAAUUGACAGAAACAAUUAAAAUGUAUAACAGUGAUUCCGCAGUGCUAUUUUUUUUCUGUAGGUUUCUUUAAACAUAGAAUAAAAUUUCAUUGAAAAUGAGUGUAAAACAAGAGAGACACGAUGAAGCUGAAAUACAAGAAUUGGCGGCAAAAAUGGUCGAGGAGAAUAAGGCAAAAAUGGCAACUCCCCAACGAACCCCCAACCAACCUGGUACCAGUAUGAAUAUUCUAAGCUAUUUGAAUACAAACAAUGCCAAAUCGAAAUCUUCAACAUCAAUAGGAAAUCCAAGUAAUUCUGGUGAUAUUUCAGAUGAAUCCUCUGUCAGAGGAAGAUUUGGAUGGAUUUCUAUUGCAAAAUCACACAUUCCAUAUAUAAUUCGUGGUGAAGAACUGUAUUGCUCAGUUAGAAUGGUUGAAAUGAAGAUAUUGAAUAGGUAUUUAACUUACUUACAUCCAGAUAUUUAUAACUGUACAUGUAUAAGAAGCUACUUUAUCACUGAAGCAGAAUGCCGCCUAUUGAAUGAAAUUAAUAUUAAACAUUGUGACUGCCAGUUUGGAAGAGAACAAUUCACCACAAUGGAUUUGAUAGUAAGAUUAACUGAUGCUGAAGAAUUUUUCAAGUUUUUGAGUGCAUGCUACUCAAAGUUACUUAGUGGGGAAGUAACUGCUCUGGAUCGUUGUGGCUUCAUCCGUAUAAAUAAAGAAUCAGUUGUACCAUAUACCAUUUAUCAACAACAGAAGUAUGUCCCAUUAUUUUAUUUUGAAGGAGAGACCGAUAACUUGAAACAAAAAGCUGACAAACUGGAAGGAUGGGAUCUAUCUUAUUUGAAGUUCUGUUGUAAGGUUCAAGGAAUUAGAAAUGAAUUGUUCGCACAUGAUUCGUGCUCAGUAAUUAGUUUGAAUGACAUAAAGAAUUAUUUUCCCCCUGGAACACUCUUUGAAGAUUAUUGGCCCAAGAAAAACAUGGAUUCCCAACUGUUGAUCAGUAACUCCAAUCGGGCACCACAGCAAAUUAUCCAGUGGACACGGCAGCCGACGCAUCCACCUAUUCAAACGAAGCCAUCCCCAUCUCCAAAGCCUGCCACUCAAGCAAAAGCAGCCACCAAUAGCCAAAUGCAUAACAUGCAUCUAUACUCAACCUACGGGAUCACUGGUGGCCAACCAGCUUAUCAUCCAAGUCAGCCGAGAACAGCCAGUUCAGCAGUGAGAGCGUACCCUGCAGCAGCAGGGGCACGGCACAUGAGGCCUAACUACUAUAACUCCAUGUCACAGGUUCCACCACCACCAUUAGUUCGAGCCUCACAACCGCAGUCGUCACCGUAUUCCAACUCCCAGUCGAAUAACACCGGAAACUACAUCAUGUUACCGCAGGCGAAUUCGCGGGUUGCAGGCUAUCACCCCGGUGCUCCCCAGAUGAAUAAGUAUCCACCCCCCUUGGUCGAUGUGCGGCAUAUGAACGGUGGAAUGACUUCUAGAGAAAUGCAGAGUAGUUAUGUAGUGACAAGUAGUCAGAAUCAAAUGAUGAAUCAACAGACGACACAUCAGCCAACAACGAGGUCGGAAUCGAAUAUUUCCGAUGACCGAAAUAACGUCGCUAAUGGUAGAAUGAAUAUGAACAAUUGCACUAGAAAAUUGCAAUCAAUUCCGGAUCCUCCGACAGGUGGAAGUCAUGUUCCCUAUCAGAUGCAAAAAGCAGUGAUCGAAAAUAAAAUGAUACCAUGUAUAAAUAUGAAACCUUUUGUUUUUACGGACCUUUUAGUCACUUUGCCUGAUCUGUGUUCUAAUUUUUUCAACAAUGUACCAGUGCAAUCUUGUCAGCAAGUACUCCAAGUAUUGGAUGUUGACCUAUUCAAGCCAAAUAAUUCACAAAUGCAAGUGUUAAUGGAAAACGGAAAAUGCCAAAAUGCCAAUGAGACAAUUCCACUUGUUCAAGUUCGAAGUGUUAUCGACUUUAUGCCCCAGUUAAAAUAUAUGUUGGGAGGUAUGUUGCAGUCAGAUAUGGGAUCCAAGAGGCCGAGAAAUAGCUAGGGUUGGCAGCCAUUGUGGGGCUAUAAUUUUUACAACAUGUAAUCAUCAUGCCUCACAAAUAUGGUUAAUUCUCAAUCUACAAAUUGUUCCUAAAGUGUAAAUUAAUUAAACACCCCCAAAAACGUAAUGAACAGUGAUGAACAAUACGCGUUUAUUUUGUUUCUGAUUAAUCCGUGAUAAUAUUAGUGAAAUGACCUUCCUAACAGAUGUUUUUUUAGAUAUCACUUUUGGACGUUGCUAUGAAAAUCCAUUUAAUUUAUGUUCAUCAUCUUAUUUAUUAUUGCUAUCAAUGAACAGGCGUUUCCGACUUUCUAGUCAAUUCUUCAUGCACCCAUGUAACGCAAAAGUGUUAGCUAAUUGUAAUAUCUGUUCUCUUCUCUAUAUGAAUAACUAUUUAUUUCAAAAGUUAAAAGUAUAAUAUUGAUAUAUAGUUGAUAUCAGUGUAAAAUGUCCAGGGUAGGGGAUGUAAUUUAGUGAACUUUAUUCUGGAAAAUAGAAAAUUAUAAAUGGUAUAAUUAUUUUUUGUACUUCUGUAAAAAUUUUGAAUAAAGUCAGAGAAUCGAUUGGGCUUUUUACACUUGGGGGAAGUCUUGUCUGAUCUUCCAACUGUAAUUUCAAUUUUAUUAUGAAUUUACACUAAUGAUCACUAGCUUGAUAGUUAUGUAUUAUCUUGUUGAUAUCUCUUUAUUCUCCUGCCUGUGAUAUUUAGAUGACAGUAUUUCAGGAACAUGUACAUUUCAGUUCGAUUAUUUAUUACCAAUUUAUUAGAUUCUGGCAUCUACUUGCACUAAAAUAUAAUGAGCGUACAUAAAAAUAUUUCUGGAAAUAAGUUGUAAUAUACAUAGUUUGUACAAACUGUUAAUAAAAUCUUUUUCUAUAA